CGAAAUUGAGUAAUUUCGAAAUUUUUAGUUUGACUCGAAAACAACCAAAUUCAAGUGGAUAAACUAAAGAUAAACGAACUAAACUGAGGCUAGUGAUAAGCUGGUGUUUUUUGGAAGCGCGUUGACUAUCUUGCAACUAGUGCCACAUCCGCUGUGCCACUUAAUCAGUUUCGUUGGACGCGCGUAGCAGCGCGGGUCGUUUGACGCGUGUUUUACUGUCGCCCACAAAAAAGAUGCACGGGAUCUGGCCACUGGCCAUGCUCGGCCUGGCCCUGUGCCUGGCCAGCUUUGUCAAUCUGAGCAGCGGACAGUGGGUGCCCUGCCCCACUGGCUGCACUUGCCUCGCUCGCACCGUGCGCUGCAUACGCGCACGACUCAAAGUGCUGCCCCAACUGCCGCUGGAUACUCAAGUGCUGGAUUUGCGCUUCAAUCAGUUUGAGGAGCUGCCGAGCAAUGCAUUCAAUGGACUUGGACAGCUGACGACGCUCUUCCUCAAUGACAACCAGCUGGCUGCUGUGGAGGAGGAUGCCUUCAAGGGUUUGACAGCGUUGCGGUUUCUCUAUUUGAACAAGAAUGCUUUAAGCCGCUUACCCGCCGGCAUCUUUCAGCAAUUGCCAAGAUUGGAGGCGCUCUAUCUGGAAGACAAUAACAUUUGGCAACUGCCCGCCGGUCUGUUCGACAAUCUGCCCCGUUUGAAUCGACUUUUUCUGCAUAACAACAAGCUGGUGAAUCUACCUUUGGAUGUGUUCAGCAAAUUGCACAGCCUGAAGCGUUUGCGUCUGGAUGCCAACCCGAUUGAUUGCAAUUGCGGUGUCUAUUCACUCUGGCGUCGCUGGCAUCUGGAUGCACAGCGCCAGCUGAUGACCAUCACGUUGACCUGCGCCCAGCCCGCAGCACUGCAGCGACAAAGCUUUGCCAGCCUCAACGAGUUGCAUUUCAAGUGUGCCAAGCCACAACUGCUGUCUGGGCCCGAGGACGUACGCGCCUAUCAAGGCGACACUGUGGACAUGCUGUGCGAGGUGGUUGGCCAGCCCAAGCCGGAGCUCAUCUGGAUGCACGGCACUAACGAGAUCGGUGUGGAGCAGGCGCCGCACAUGCAGGUGCUGGAGAGCGGCGCGUUGCGCAUCAAUUUCGUUGAACCGAAUGACAUUGGCAUCUACGAGUGCAUUGCGCGCAAUGAGAUGGGCGAGAUCAAAUCGCAGCCGGUGCGAAUGCUGGUUAGCCAGGCCGACAACAGUUUGGACAGUCACGUGGCGCAGCAGGCGUGGGAUGCCGUCGAUGCGACACCAGCCGCGCCCACCUUCAUCCGCAAGCCAGUGGACCAAAUUGUAGCACUCCAUGGGUCCGGGCACGUGCUGCUCGAUUGUGUUGCCCGCGGCUGGCCACAGCCAGACAUACAAUGGUUCGUCAAUGGUCGGCAGCUAGCCCAGUCCACGUCCGCGCUCCAGUUGCAGUCGAAUGGCAGCCUCGUCCUGCUCGAGCCCAGCCAGCUGACAGCGGGCACGUAUCGUUGCGAGGCACACAAUCGUCUGGGCAGUGUCCAAGCUACCGCCCACAUCGAAGUCAAGGAUUUACCCGAAAUUUUAAUGGCACCACAAAACCAAACAAUCAAACUGGGCAAAGCCUUUGUGCUGGAAUGCGAUGCCGAUGGCAAUCCACUGCCAAGCAUAACCUGGCAAUUCAAUGGCAAUCCACUAACGUCCUCCGCCAACGAUGCGGACCUGCUGCUGGAGAACGAGAACACGGAGCUGGUGGUUAGCGUUGCCAAACAGCAGCAUGCAGGUGUCUACCGCUGCACGGCGAGCAAUGAGAACGGCGAGGUGAGCGUGGAGGCAACGAUUAAAGUGGAGCACUCACAAUUGCCGCCACGGCUGGCCAUUGAGCCCAGCAAUUUGGUCGCCAUUACCGGCACCACCAUCGAGCUGCCCUGCCAGGCCGAGCAUCCCGAAGACGGACUGCAGAUUGUUUGGCGUCGCGAUGGACGCCUCAUCGAUCCCAAUGUCCAAUUGACUGAGAAAUAUCAAAUAAGUGGCGCCGGCAGUUUGUUUGUCAAGAAUGUGACCAUCCUCGAUGGCGGCCGCUACGAGUGCCAGCUGAAGAACAGAUUCGGUCGAGCCACAGCUUCCGCUCUGAUAACCAUCAGAAACAAUGUGGAUCUGGCACCCGGAGAUCGCUAUGUGCGCAUUGCCUUCGCCGAGGCAGCCAAGGAAAUCGAUAUGGCCAUUAAUAAUACCCUUGACAUGCUCUUCUCCAAUCGCUCGUCCCGUGCACCUCCCAACUAUGGCGAGCUGCUGCGCGUCUUCCGCUUUCCCACCGGCCAGGCCAGGCAGUUGGCGCGUGCCGCAGAGAUCUAUGAGCGCACGCUGGUCAACAUUAGGAAGCAUGUGCAGCAGGGCGAUAAUCUGACCAUGGAGAGCGAACAGUACGAGUUUAGGGAUCUGCUAUCGCGCGAGCAUUUGCACUUGGUGGCUGAGCUAUCCGGCUGCAUGGAGCAUCGCGAGAUGCCUAACUGUACGGAUAUGUGUUUCCAUUCGAGAUAUCGCAGCAUUGAGGGCACUUGCAACAAUCUGAUGCAUCCCACGUGGGGCGCUUCUCUGACCGCCUUUAGACGCCUCGCUCCGCCCAUCUAUGAGAACGGCUUCAGCAUGCCCGUGGGCUGGACCAAGGGCCUGAAGUAUUCGGGUCACCCCAAGCCCAGUGCUCGACUGGUGUCCACCUCGCUGGUGGCUACUAAGGAGAUUACGCCCGAUGCCCGCAUCACUCACAUGGUCAUGCAGUGGGGUCAGUUUCUGGACCACGAUCUGGAUCAUGCCAUACCAUCAGUUAGUUCGGAGAGCUGGGACGGUAUCGACUGCAAGAAGACCUGCGAAAUGGCACCGCCCUGCUACCCGAUUGAGGUGCCCCCGAAUGAUCCGCGCGUUCAGAAUCGUCGCUGCAUCGACGUGGUGCGGUCCAGCGCCAUCUGCGGCUCUGGCAUGACCUCGCUCUUCUUCGACAGCGUGCAGCAUCGCGAGCAGAUCAAUCAGCUGACGGCCUACAUAGACGCCUCCCAGAUGUACGGCUACAACACGCCCUUCGCCCAGGAGCUGCGUAACCUCAGCUCCGACGAGGGUCUGCUCCGCGUCGGCGUGCACUUCCCCAAUCAGAAGGACAUGCUACCGUUCGCGGCGCCCCAGGACGGCAUGGACUGUCGUCGCAAUCUGGAUGAGAAUAAGAUGAACUGCUUCGUUUCCGGCGAUAUUCGAGUCAAUGAGCAAGUGGGUCUGCUGGCCAUGCACACUGUUUGGAUGCGCGAACACAAUCGCAUUGCCCGCAAGCUGGGCGAGAUCAAUCCUCACUGGGAUGGCGAUACGUUGUACCAGGAGUCCCGCAAGAUUGUGGGCGCUCAGAUGCAGCACAUCACCUUCAAGCAGUGGCUGCCCUUGAUUAUUGGCGAGAGUGGCAUGUCCAUGUUGGGUGAAUAUCGUGGCUACAAUCCCCAGCUGAAUCCGAGCAUUGCAAAUGAAUUCGCAACGGCUGCUUUGCGCUUUGGCCACACCAUCAUCAAUCCCAUACUGCAUCGCUUGAACUCCAGCUUCCAGCCCAUACCGCAAGGACAUCUGCAGCUCCACAAAGCCUUCUUUGCUCCUUGGCGUUUGGCCUACGAAGGUGGCGUUGAUCCUCUGCUGCGCGGCAUGCUCGCUGUGCCCGCCAAGCUCAAACUUCCCGAUCAGAACCUGAAUACGGAGCUGACGGAGAAACUGUUCCAGACGGCACACGCUGUGGCCCUCGAUCUGGCUGCAAUCAAUAUACAACGUGGAAGAGAUCAUGGCAUACCCGGCUAUAACGUCUACAGAAAAUUCUGCAAUCUGACCGUUGCCACGGACUUUGAGGACCUGGCCGGGGAGAUCACCAAUGCGGACAUCCGAAAGAAACUAGGCGAACUCUACGGACAUCCGGAUAACAUUGAUGUCUGGUUGGGUGGCAUACUCGAGGAUCAGGUGGAGGGCGGCAAAGUGGGUCCACUCUUCCAAUGCCUGCUAGUGGAGCAGUUCCGACGCCUGCGUGAUGGUGAUCGCUUCUACUACGAGAAUCCGAGUGUCUUCCAGCCCGAGCAGCUGGUGCAGAUUAAGCAGGCCAACUUGGGACGCGUCCUCUGCGAUGUGGGCGACAACUUCGAUCAGGUUACGGAAAAUGUGUUCAUCCUGGCCAAGCAUCAAGGCGGCUAUAAGCCAUGCGAGGACAUACCCGGCAUCAAUUUGUAUCUGUGGCAGGAGUGCGGCAAUUGCAACAGCCAGCCAGCGCUCUUCGACUCGUUCGUGCCACAGACCUACACCAAGCGUAGCCAGCGCCAGAAACGUGAUGUGUCCAGCGAGCAAGAGGUUCCGACUGCAGAGGGCUACGACAGCCCAUUGGAAGCGCUCUACGAAGUGAACGAGGAGCGCGUUAGCGGCUUGGAGGAUCUAAUUGGCAGCUUCCAGAAGGAGCUGAAAAAGUUGCACAAGAAACUGCGCAAGCUGGAGGACUCCUGCAAUGCAGUCGACGCUGAGCCAGUGGCGCCUGCUCCGCCCCAGCCGGCGGUUGUGAAGCCCAAACGGAGCCACUGCGUCGAUGACAAGGGCACCACACGCUUGAACAACGAGGUCUGGACGCCGGAUGUGUGCACCAAGUGCAACUGUUUCCACGGCCAAGUGAACUGUGUGCGUCAACAAUGCGGCGAGAUCAGCUGCCCGCCAGGCAUUGAACCACUGACACCGCCAGAGGCCUGCUGCCCGCACUGCCCCACAAUGCCAACCAAAAAGAAGCUGGACAAUUGAGACAGCCAUUUGCAUAUCGACUU